CGCGGCGCGGGCGGCGGGCGGCGGGCUGGCUGGCUGGCGGGCCCCGCACUGCCGGUUGCGGGCUGGGGCUGUGCCACCAGAGCCGGGUCAUGGCCGCGUCUCCGGUCCCCGGCGGCGGCGGCGCGGGAGCGGGAGCUGUCCACUCCUCCAGGACGUCUGGCUUCGCCUUCGACCCGGGGCUGGAGAUCCGAACGCGCUCGGUGGAGCAGACGCUGCUGCCCCUGGUUUCUCAGAUUACCACACUUAUUAACCAUAAAGAUAAUACCAAAAAGUCUGAUAAAACUCUGCAAGCAAUUCAGCGUGUGGGACAAGCUGUCAACUUGGCAGUUGGAAGAUUUGUUAAAGUAGGGGAAGCUAUAGCCAAUGAAAACUGGGAUUUGAAAGAAGAAAUUAAUAUUGCCUGCAUUGAGGCUAAACAAGCAGGAGAAACGAUUGCAGCACUCACAGAUGUGACCAAAUUGAACCCUGUGGAAUCGGAUGGCCAGAUCACAAUUUUGACAGACAAAACAGGGGUUGUGCAGGCCGCCAGGCUGCUGCUCUCCUCGGUGACAAAGGUGUUGCUGCUGGCAGACCGAGUAGUCAUCAAGCAGAUAGUGACGUCGAGAAACAAGGUUCUUACAACCAUGGAGAGACUAGAGAAAGUAAACAGCUUUCAGGAGUUUGUUCAGAUGUUCAGCCAGUUUGGAAAUGAAAUGGUGGAGUUUGCACAUCUAACAGGAGACAGACAAAAUGAUUUGAAAGAUGAAAAGAAAAAGGCCAGCAUGGCGGUGGCGAGGGCCGUGCUGGAAAAGGGCACCAUGAUGCUGCUCACGGCUUCCAAGACAUGUCUCAGGCAUCCCAGCUGUGACUCAGCCCAUAAAAACAAAGAAGGAGUGUUUGACCGGAUGCGAGUGGCCCUGGAUAAGGUCAUUGAGAUCGUCACUGAGUGUAAACCAAACAGAGAGACUGACAGCUCAUCUGUCAGCGUUUUUACUGGGAUUAAAGAAUUGAAGUUGAACAUUGAAGCUCUUCGAGAGAAUCUCUACUUUGAGUCCAAGGACAACCUUUCUGCUGCAUUGGAGGUCAUCUUGGAGCGUGUGGAGGACUUCACCGAUUCUGCCUACACCAGCCAUGAGCACAGGGAACGCAUCUUGGAGCUGUCUACGCAGGCGAGAACAGAACUGCAACAGCUCACUUCCGUGUGGAUGCAGGCUCAAAGCAGGAAGACUAAGAGUGCCGCCGAGGAGCUGGAACUCACCAUUCUGAGGGUCAGCCACAGUCUCAACGAGCUGCGGAAAGAGCUUCACCAUACAGCCCUGCAGCUGGCAGCCGACCUGCUAAAAUUCCAUGCUGAUCAUGUGGUUUUAAAAGCAUUAAAACUCACUGGAGUAGAAGGAAAUUUGGAAGCGUUGGCUGAAUAUGCCUGUAAACUCUCUGAGCAGAAAGAACAGCUUGUUGAGGCGUGUCGAUUGUUGCGGCAUGUAUCCAGCACAGAACCCCUUGAAAUAACCUGCUUGCAUGCGGAAGAGACAUUUCGGGUGACUGGCCGGCAGAUCAUUUCUGCUGCCGAGACAUUGACGCUGCAUCCAUCCAGCAAAAUCGCUAAGGAAAACCUGGACGUGUUUUGUGAGGCUUGGGAAUCUCAGAUUAGUGACAUGGCAACCCUGCUAGGAGAGAUCAGAGACGUGUUCCACGGAAGACGAGGAGAGAAGUACGACCAUCUUUCACUUCCAAGGCCCAUGAAGAAUAACUCAAACCUGAAAUCGUCAAAGCCCGACAAGCUGGAUUCCGAGGAGCAGGCCAGGAUAGCAAAGCUGGGGCUGAAGCUGGCUCUGCUCACCUCCGAUGCUGACUGUGAACUUGAGAAGUGGGGUGAUCAAGAGAAUGAGAUCGCUCGCCACGGACGGAGCCUGUCCAGGAUGGCCUACUCUCUGUAUUUAUUUACCAGAGGAGAGGGGCCCCUGAAAACGUCGCAUGACUUAAUUCAUUUCCUAGAGGUUUUUGCUGCAGAGGGAUUAAAGCUUACUUCAGAUAUACAGUCGUUUUCAAAACAGCUAAAAGAUGAUGACAAACUUAUGCUUCUCCUGGAAAUAAACAAGCUAAUUCCUCUAUGCCACCAGCUUCAGACAAUAACUAAGACAUCUUUGCAGAACAAAGUGUUCCUAAAGGUUGACAAGUGUAUUACAAAGAUAAGAUCCAUGAUGGCUCUCGUGGUCCAGCUCCUGUCACUUUGCUAUAAGUUCCUGAAGAAGGUGGAAAAUAACAGGUGGGUCUCAGUGACGAAUAAAGACGCCACGGAUGCUAAAACUUGAGCAGCCUGCAUUUCAUCUCCGGAAAACCAUUUGGCACAGCCGACCUUUUAAAAAAGCAAUUGGUCCUUUGUUUUUUGAGAAAUGCAUCCGUUUUCUGAAAUCUCUUUUUUUCCUUCAGACUAGAGAACUUAACAUCAGUCAUUGCUGUGGCAGUGCGAGUUUAAAGUAGAGACUCUUCAGGGUGUCCCUCCGCACACACCAAAUAUCCCGACUGUCUUAGUGACAGCUGAAUCCCAAAGACGCGGUCAAAGCACACUCCCUUUGGCAUCCUGAACUGUUUUAUUUAAGCCGAUUAUCUACAACACUAAUUUCAGCAGAAAAUAUACAGUGGCCUGGUUGAAUGCAGAGUUUUAGACCUGCGGACUCUUCAAGUCUUGUAGAAGCAGGCUAAGGGUCCCUCAAAUGCUUGGCCCUAGCCUUGCUAGCACUGUUGCUUCUAACAACCACCUCACUUAGUAAGGUCAUUAGGCCACAUCUGUCCCUUCAUACUUCAGAGAGGAAAAUAACAGAAAUCACUCCAGAGAACCCUGGAGCAAGCUCAGAAGAGGAAACGGCUUUUACUCUAGCUGUAGUAUGCAUAGCUGACCACGUAGUCCUGGAUAGUGGAUGGAAUGCUAAGUGUUUCUUGCUGGUUUAAGAACACAGUUUUGAACUGUCCUUCUCAGUACUGAGAAGUGCUGACUGGCAGGGGCAGAAGACAGAACAUUAGAACCUUAAGAUCCCAGAUACCUGUGCUGUGUUUUAUGUUUCUGGCCCUGGAAUGCUCAGUCUCAGACUUAGGGCUUCACCCUCUUCUUGGGCUGGGGAAUGGACUCUGCUGGUAACCUGUUUAUUUAUAAACUGUGUUGUAAAGCAAGGCCAGGGUUGCUCAGGAGAUCGUUCCGCUGAUCUGGUGUAGUUCAGAGUAUUAGAAGAAGGGCUGAGGGAAGGAGCUCUCACAGGCUCAGCAUGUGCUGCACAGAACUCUCGUCUCUUCAGCUACCAUUACCGAUGUCUACACAAGCAUCCUUCUAAAGCAGUGGAGUAAUCUUGCAGACGGCUGGUAUGGGGCAUGAUUGAAUGGAACCAUCUCCUGUGAAAUAGUCAGGAUUGUUACCAACUCCUUCGAGUGAAAAUUCUGAUUUCUUUUUAAACUGAGGAGCAGGAUGCUAACUCUACUGGAUCUCAGUGGAAAUAUGUUAGCAAUAAAGCAGACCCCUCAAUAAAACUGUUAAGGGCCACCAGGUAUGUGAUAACAAUGUCAUUAUCUUGGUCAACAAAAUAGGGACUAUCAAUUAGUAUUAAACAUGGUAAUGUACACUUCAAUAAAAAUUAUGUUCAGUAACUGAAUUCAUACCAACUGAUUUAAUUUUGAUCCACUGGGUUGAGAGCAUACUGAUCAGUAAUAAAAAGUGUCCUUGCAACCUUA